GUUGUCCCGGAGGUGUAAUGACGUCAUGGCAGCCCGCGAGCUGCCAUCUCUGUACCUGCUUCAAGGCAGCUACUACCGAGUGCCCCUCCUCAUUCUUUGAUCAGACAGCCAUUACUUUCUUUAAUAAGAGCUUCCCUUCGUGCCUCUCUCGCUAUCUCAGCCUAUCUUCUUUCUACUAUCAGCCACCCUCCAUUACCAUCCACACCAACCAAUCGAAGGAACCCAAUUCCCCCACUCAACUUACACACAACCAACUUGAACACAAACAACAACAAAAAGAACAACCACAAACCACUUUCAAAAUGUUCGCCCGCAUCUCCACCGCUUCCGCUCUCACUGCCCGUCAGACCCUCGUCGCCGCUUCCGCGCGGAGGACCAUUGCUUCUACCGCCAGCCUGAAGCUCAAGGAGUCAUCUAACACCGACCCCGACCCCCAAGCCUACGAGAAGCACAAGCAGGAAUCCCUCAAGAAGCAGAAGGAGGGCAAGGGUCAAUGGAAGCCCGAGCUUGCCUCCAACAGCGAGGAGAACGUCAAGGCCGACCGCCUGUCGGACGCCGAGUUUGCCGAGGCCAGCAAGCGCGAGCUGGAGAAGCAUACCAAGAACUGAAGGAGGAGGGCCCAGUCAAAAGGGAACUGAAUUUUCUUUCGAAAGCAUGAGUAGGAAGGAGCAUGAUGAGCUCAUGAGGUUUUCUUUUUCGGUUUAAUUUCUUAAUUUUUUUUCUUUUUGUCCUUUGUUAGUUGCGAAGCAACUCUUGCAUUUCCAGCCAUCAAUGGGAGGAUGAUGAGAGGAUAACACUACAAUUGCAUUACGGUAGUGUUUGGGAUGAGGAUCAUUCAGGGAGAUAGACACUGGCCAUCUUUGCAUGCGUGGAGAUAAUGGUUCAUGUGUUAUCGAAUUGAAGAGGAUGUAAAACAACAUCAUUGUUCAAGGAAUAUUUGUGAAUGAGUGAAUGUGCGGAGACGACAUCAAGGAUCAGGUCCGAGGGGACUGCAUGUCAACAUUUUACCGAGACUUGAUGCGUCAGAGAUUGCCGUACGAGUUUUAUACCUGCAGGCAUGCUGCCCAAUAUGAUCAUACAAUGUACAAUAUGAUCAUACAAUGUACAAUGAAGCAAAGAGAAGAGGUAACCAGC